AUGGCACUACAGAGAAUAGCCCUCGCCGGUGCGAUUCUCACAUCUCUUUCGAAUGCCACUCCAACAAUUGAUUUACCUCUAAACUCUCAAGUGCCUCCUAUUGCCCGAGUAUCCCAGCCUUUCUCCUACACCUUUCCCAGCUCAACUUUCUCAUCGACGCUUCCUAUAAAAUAUACACUUUCUAGUGGACCCAGUUGGCUUUCGCUAAAUGGUGUAACACGCACUCUAUCCGGCACUCCUUCUGCGAAUGAUGCUGGCGCCGGGGUUGUCACUGGAGUACCGAUUAGCCUCACGGCGACCGACAGUUCAGGUUCUAUCACUCAGAAUGCUACAUUGGUUGUCUCCAGAAAUCCGGCGCCGGUAGUAAGCAUUCAACCCUCGACACAACUGCCUGCCCUGGGCGUCUUUUCGGCACCUUCAACUCUCCUCUACCACCCCUCAACUCCCUUCAAAAUCAAAUUCGACUCUAGCACAUUCUCACCGAAUGAUGGGACCUCAGCACUGAAAUACUACGCUGUCACACUUGAUAAUACACCCUUGCCAUCUUGGGUGACCUUCGAUGAAAGCUCGUUAUCAUUCAGCGGCCAGACACCGGAUUACCAGUCACUCAUUCAACCCCCGCAGACUUUUGGAGUAAAGCUUAUCGCUUCUGAUGUUGAGGGGUUUUCUGCGACGUUCAUAAAUUUCAACUUCGAGGUCGGGGUCCACUUGCUGAGCUUUAGCAGAGUAUCGAUGUCCCUCAAUGUCACUGCUGGCGAUCAUGUCGAUUUCACCGGGCUUGAGGGAAAUCUUCAAAUCGAUGGACAGGCGGCGAACAAUUCGGUAAUUUCGUCGAUUGUGGUGGAUAAACCCUCUUGGCUGGAUUUCGAUAAUUCGACACUGAAGUUCACGGGAACUGCCCCGGUGGGUGUAGUACCCGCCACCAUUACCGUGGUCGCCACCGAUAUAUAUGGAGAUACUGCGAAUGCCACAAUAGCCAUUGCCGCUGCCGGGUCCAUUUUCAGCAAGUCGAUUCCGAGGUUAAAUGCUACGAUAGGUUCAGGCUUCUUAUAUAAUAUGAGCUCCUACCUCAGAAAUCCGUCCGAUGUUGAUAUCUCAAUUAACUCUACUGCCACCGAUUCUUGGAUAUCGUUCAACUCUACAGCCUUUAUACUCUCUGGCCACGUCCCCAUGAGCGUUAGUCCUGCCGACAUUGAAAUUAUGUUAACGGCCACGACGAAAUCCUCGCACCGUUCUGAAUCCCAAUCAUUCAAGUUAUCCCUUGACUCUGCGACUGACCCCUCGUCAUCUACUAAAUCAUCGUCCUCUCAUACCGCACAAAAUAAGAGUCCCUCCCAAACAAAAGUAUCGACUUCUCCACAGGCGAACGCCCCUAAUAAGUUUAGCAAGGGGGUCAUAGUAGCAAUCGUGCUUCCAAUAGCUUUGGCAAUAGCCGCACUACUUCUGUUGAUUUUCUGCUGCCAAAAGCGCAGAUACGAUGCGAAAGCUGCAUCCCGACCGCCGUCCAAGAGCGAAAUAUCAGGACCCGUCCUUGAGGCUGCCUCAAGCGUACCGGACAUCGUCUUACCACCUCCGGUCGCUUUACCCAAACCCCUAGAAUUAGACACGUCUGGAUUUAUGCACGGUUUAACUACAAAUGAGAAGCAUGUUGAUACUUGGAAAGUCGCGCCGCGCCAGUCCGUCCGACGAUCGCAUACCACCGCCGACAUAUCUGAUAAGCGAACGUCGCAGAAGAGUGACCCAGGGAAUUCUGGGAAGCUGGUCCGCUCAUAUUCAGAUAAUGCCCUGUCGCAAACAGAUACUAGUUGGAGAUCUACUCAAGAUACUGCAUACCCAACGGUCUCCCGAUCGUCUCGCACGAAUUCCUCGCACAGAUUGACAAGAACCUACUCAAACUAUUCGAGGAAAGGGCACCAGAGGCGUUCAGCCCGGCUGCUUUCAGGCAGCGCUGUUGGGGCUGCUUUACUAGAGAGCACCGCACCAGAGAGCAGUGCAGUUGUAACUUCACAACCCCAGGGGAGUUCAAUCUUGAACUUGAGAGACGACAACUUUUCUCUCGCUCCUCUAGAAAAUUUCUCUGUGUUACCGAAAGAUUUAAAUAUAUUACAAGCAGCGGGGCCUACUAAUACUCCGGAAGGAUCGAAUCGUAGGAAGUCUGCUAUAAGACAAUCUAGGCAUAUUGUGCCUGCAAUUCAUCCAAGGAGGAGAAGCGGUAUCGGGCAUGGUGGCCGACGAUCCAUCUCUUCAUUAUCCAGCAUGAGCACGCGGCGAAUUAGUAUAGGACAUGGCCAGGACUGGGCAGGAGAUGUGAGCCGGCCACGCAGUCUUGCUCGAAACUCAAGGACGUGGAUGACAGUGGCGACAAACAACCCCAGUGAACACAAUCGUCGUAGCAACUUCAGCCUCCCAUCUGAAUACUCAGAUACCUAUCCAGCAGAAAACAACAGCAACAAAAACAACGCCCUCAUGAGCAUUCGUCAAGUAACGAAAAGUCCCGACGUUCUUUCUACCAUAUGCCCUUCUGAAGCAAGUGGGACUUCCCGCAUCUCCCGACCGGUGAGCAGACGUCUAGGCUCGUCGCCCUUCUUUGGCGGCUCAACUAAUCGCGAAUCCCGCAUAUUAUCGCCCAAAAGAGUACGGUCUUCGUAUGCGGAUUCUCUGACUACUGCAAGGGAGACGAUGACCAUCGGUAGUUUGGAAAAUACUAUCCUCUACGGCUUGAGAGAAGAGAGUGACGAGGCGCUGCGAGAUUCCUUCGGCAUUUCAUAUGGAUUAGCGAGAGAGGGAACGAGGCAGUUAAGGUCUUAUAUCCAGGGUCAAAUGACGCGGAACAAAACGAGGAGUAGUAUCCUGUCUAAUGAGUCAAAGGAUAGUAGGUUUGAUUCAGCGGCUUCGCUUGAUCAAUCGCAGAUGCUCCCAGAGUCGGCGAGGACUAGGGGAGGGAAUGAAUACGAAGAUUUAGUGGAAGCUGACGAUUCGGAUGGGAGUUGGGAAACCCAACGAAGUAUACGAGAUAGUGAGGGGAACUUGAUAGAAGAAUAUGAUGGGGACGAUAUUAUUAGAACUGCGGAGCAAAUUCAAAGGCCCAGACCGCAUUCGGCUGCCGCAGGCGGAUCUGGUUCGCAGCCUACGGUUCCUGGAAUUGGAUACAGUGCGAGGGUUGUGCAAGGAGCGUGGAGACGGCCGAUUAGUAUCGAUACUAAAGAGGUUAUGAGCUCACACGCUACAGUGGAGCCGGGCGAGUUGGAUUAUACAGCUUAUGUCUGA